UAAGUCAUACUCCAAACCACUCUGUAUUUACUCCACUCACAACCAUGUCUGUGGUGGAAUUGAGAGUUCCAAACUUGGAUUGCCAUGGCUGUGCUUCUAAGCUUAAAAAAGCUCUUUUCAAACUCAAAGGAGUGGAAGAAGUUGAAAUCGAAAUGGAGAUGCAAAAAAUAGUGGUGAGAGGUUACGCUUUGGACGAAAGAAAAGUGAUCAAAGCGAUAAAGCGGACAGGCAAAGCCGUCGAGCCAUGGCCUUACCCAAGUCACGCACAUUUUGCUUCGUUUUACAAGUAUCCGACUCAUAUUGCUAACCAAUACUAUCAUGAUCUGACAUCGCGAAAGGAUUUGUCAGAACAUAAUCUCCAUGCUUUCUUCCACACCCCCUCGGUUUACUCCGUCGCGAUUGCAUCAGAUGAAGCCGCUGCCUCGCUCUUUAGUGAUGAUAACCCUCAUGCUUGUACAAUCAUGUGAUUUGUAAUUCAAAAUAUUUGGAGAUCAUCACUUUUUAUCGUUUGUUUAUUGAUAUAUUUUCAGUAAUUUAUAAAUUACGGACCUGUAAUUUGUAAACAUGAACUCGAAUUAGUUGUAUUGUUUGUGAAUUAUUUUAACGAAUCUUGUAUUCAUGGUCAAAAACAAUGUAAUGUAUAAUAUCUAAAAGACUAAAAGAU